UACAGGCAGCCACUUCUUCCUUUAAGUUGUGUUGAAAUUCAAGCUCCUAAUUUUCCUUUUUCAUUUUAAUAAUGAAAAAACCACCUUUUCUUCUCCUCCUUCUUCCUCCUGUUAUGUGCUGUAAAUCGUAAUCCAUAUUUAUAUCCUCCCUUUGUCCUCCAUCUAUUCCCACAUUCUCACACUACAUGAAUUUGCUGUCAUAAUCAAGGUGAAUAUGUUGUCUUUAAAUUUAAUCUAUCAUUUGCUUGUCUUAAGGGUGGUGCAACUUUAUAGGAACUUUGCACGUUAUUCUUUUCUUGUUUUCUACUUUCAAUGGAUAAAAAGGUCCCAUGUCGAAUCCAAUUGUUUCUUCAUUCAAUGUUAUGUAAGUGUAUUUUCUAUAGGGAGGUAGGCUAAAAGCCCAAAACAACAAUGCCCAUGUCCAUGGCCUUCUUUCAAUGCAGAUCAAGUUUGAAGCAACAUGGUUCAUUGUGAGAGAAAGUUGGUAAUGGAACAGGGCAAGGGUAGAGACACCUUGCGAUCGAUGGCAACCAAGAAAAAAGAAAGUAGCAGUUUGGGGAAAGAGAAAAGGGUCACUUGCCCUUCAAAACCAGAUGCUUCCAUUACUACCCACGGGGCAGCAAGCCAAGGGCUAAGAAGACCCACUAUAGCAAGCCUUCAAGGGCAAGCGCAAAGAAGAGUCUCUCUACCUGCCACCUUACCCACCCAUAUCAACAAGUCUACAAUAAGCACAUGCACUGAUGGUUCUACCAAGACUGCUAAAAAAAUUGGGGUUGUAAACAGCUCCACCAAAUCCCAACCCCAAAGACCUGCAUCGGCAGCUCCAGUCCAAAAGCCACUUGUUUCUUCGGCUCCACGCAAACCAACAACAGCCAGAGCUGCUGCUUCUUUGAGUUCAAAAGUCACUGCUACUGCACACAGGCCAACCUCGGAAAGGCUUGCCAAAAACCCAAUUGCAGGGAAACUAUCCACGUUAUCAUCUUCUUCGUCUAAGACCAGGACUAGGACUAUGACUAUGACUAUGACUAAGAGCUUGAAGAAGGCCCCUACUGCUACCACUAAGAGGGGAACUACUACUUUUUUGGCUUCAAAGAAACCUCCAUUAACUAAAAAGGAUGUCCAAAAAGAAAAUUUGGAUCAUCAAAUUGAGGAGGUCGUGAAAGAUGAGGUGGGUGAAGUACAUGAUGUUGAAAUACCAAAAGCUGAAGAAUCCCGACAACAUGAUGACCAAGUUGAAGUUUUGGAUUCUACCCAUCAUGUCCAACGUGUUGAAGAAGAAAAGGAAAAAGAUACCCUUGAUGAUGUUCCCACAGUUCUGGAACAACAUGAAGUUCCUCAGCUUGAAGAAAUGGAAGAACAUGAUGGAGAUAAGGAAAAUGACAGCAAAGAGGAGGUCAACGAUAGUGAUGGUGACGAAGAAGAGGUUCAACAGGAGGAAACUACAGUAGAAGCCGAAAAUGGAGGAGUAGAAGAAGGUUACAGAACUGAGGAGGUGACUGAAAAUGGAGAAGAAAAGGGUGAUCAUGAAGGGAAAGAACAGGAGCUUGAAUUAGUUAAAGAAGAAACAAUAGUAGAGGAAGCAAAUGUGGUACUUGCCACAAGCCAAGUACAAGAAGAAGCGCUGCAUGGGGAAAAGGAAACCAUUGAAGAGGAAGCAAAUGUGGUAAUUGCCACAAACCAAGAACAAGAAGAAGCGCUGCAUGGGGAAAAGGAAACCAUUGAAGAGGAAGCAAAUGUGGUAAUUGCCACAAACCAAGAACAAGAAGAAGCGCUGCAUGGGGAAAAGGAAACCAUUGAAAAGGAAGCAAAUGUGGUAAUUGCAACAAACCAAGAACAAGAAGAAGCGCUGCACGGGGAAAAGAAAACCAUUGAAGAGGAAGCAAAUGUGGUAAUUGCCACAAACCAAGAACAAGAAGAAGCGCUGCAUGGGGAAAAGGAAACCAUUGAAGAGGAAGCAAAUGUGGUAAUUGCCACAAACCAAGUACAAGAAGAAGCGCUGCAUGGGGAAAAGGAAACCAUUGAAGAGGAAGCAAAGGUGGUAAUUGCCACAAACCAAGUACAAGAAGAAACGCUGCAUGGGGAAAAGGAAAUCGCAACACCCAUCAUAAGUGAUAUGGUGAUGGAGGAGAAAGCUAGUGAUAAAAAGGUAGUUGACGGGAGGAAGAACAGUGUUAGAGCACUGAUUGGGGCAUUUGAGACUCAUAAAUGAAAACAAAAAACUUACAAAUGCGUGAAGCCAUGGUUGAGUUUUUUUUAUUCAUUUCAAUUGUUGUAAUCUUUCCCCCACUUUCCUUUGUUCCUGUGAGAAAUUAAAUGUAGCAAGAAUUUGUAAUAUUCAAAGAUUAAUUUA